AUGCGUGUGGCGUCCUCGUCGUGUCUCAGUCUGCGGAGCCACUCGGUGUUCUCUGUGACGAACGUGUCGGUUGUGAGCAGCGGCGGUGGCAUUGUGCUUGGAGAGCGCCUCGUGGUGUUUGACUCGGUGCUGCGCUUCGUGGGCGUCGAGGGGUCUGUUGCGUCGUCGCUGGUGCGCUGCGACGGUGGGACGGUCGGUGGCGGCGGGUGGCUGGACCUGCACGACGUGUGGGCGGUGGGCGAGGCGUCGUCGGUGGCGUCGCUGUCGGGUGUGACGCUGAGCGGCGGCGCCGUGUCGAUUGCGCGCUGCGCUGCCACUGGCGCUACGCUUGUCUCCGGGCUGGCAAUCACGAGCGGCGUCGUGUCGGUGCAGUGCAACCGUGCCGGCGGCCGGGUGCUGCGGAGCAGCGGCGACUACCGCAUGGCCGGCCUGCCCUCCGUGAGUGUGGUGCCGUGCGACGGCUGUGCGGCCGCUCUGGCGUGCUUCGAUGCGCUGACGGCGUCGUUCUCCGACUGCGUGUGCAGCUGCCGCGCUGGCGGUGUGGGCGAGGCGUGCCUGCCGUUCGACGUGCCGCCUGCGAGGUCCGGCGGUGGUGGCGAUGCGCAGGACUGCGUGAGUGGCGUGACGCUGACGGAGUCGGUGACGGUUGGCGGCGGGCGUGCGACGGCGUGCUUCGACUCGGUGGUGUUCAGCGGGCCGAUCACUGUGGCGGUGGACCUGCGCUCGAUGGACGCGUUCGCUGACGCGCUGAACGUGACGCUGCGCCACUGCGUGCUUGCGGGCGGCGCGCACCUGCGGAUUGGCGGCCUCAGCGAGAGCACGGCGCGCCUGCUGCCCCACGCCCUCGUCAACAUGACGAAUGUGACGUCGCUUGAGGGCACGAUCGUGCUGCAUGGCGCGAUGCCGCUGCACUCGAGUGUGCUGCUGGCGAACUCAACACUGCGUGCGACGGUUGGCGGGUCGCAGUACGUGCCGACGACCCGUGGACACGAGAAAUUUCGGCACGGCCCCGCGCUUGUCCUGGACGGCGUCCGGCUUCUGUCGACACGUUUUGUCAUGACGCGGUCUACGCUGUUUUGUUACGGGGGCUCGUGCGCUGCGAUCCUCGUGGAGCACGGCCUUUGCGCAAACCUGUCCAGUGUCUUCUACAUGGACAACUGCGCUGUCGUGUCGCGGGCGCACGUAAUGUACGCUCUUGCGUCGUACCUGCGUGUCAGCGGCGACUCCGUGUUCUCCAUACAGAACGGCUCGUGGAGUGCGCCGAGCAUCGAAUACUACGAAAGUGCGUGUGUGUUUGAGGACGUUGUGGUGGAUGGCGGCAGCGUGCUGCAGAUUGUGUCCAGCACUUUCCGUCUCGGCUUCGCCAUGCUCAUGGCAAGCACGCUGACCGUGACAGGCGGCGGUUGGCUGGUGCACCGCGACAACGAGUUCCGUACCGCCCACGUUGUGUACGUGGACAAGGAGAACGGCGUGGCGUUCCGCGAUCAGAGUGUUUGGUCGAUAAUUGACGACAACUUCACUUACGGUUCGUUCUUGUCCUUUGCAUGUAUGACAAACAAGUGGUCGCCACCAUCCGACACGCGCCCGACCAUCUACGGCAUGUGCAACGAGAUAAGGGGCUCACCUGUGACGAAUUACGGAGAAGACCUCAAUAUUGGUUCGCCCGUGACGGUGUUGGACUGCGGCGCUUGCACCGUGGAGGCCGUGUGCUUUGCAGCGAGGACGAGCAGCAUCAGCGGCUGUGAGUGUGUGUGCGCUGCUGGCGGCCACGGUGACACGUGUCUGCCGGCUGCGGUUCCGGACGGCCUUGGACCGCUUCCGCUCCCCGAUGCGGAUGACACGGAGGUUCGCUGCGUGCACGGUGGCAGCAUCAGCUCCGUGGAAGUCCCGGCCCCCGGUGUGCGUGGUCUGUGCUUUGUCAACGUGACCUUCACCGCCGCGAUCGUGCUGGACCUGUGGAGCUUUGACGCGCCACAACAUACACUCAACAUCACGCUGCUGCAGUGCGUCCUCAUGGGCCUGUCGGUCAGGGGGAGUGGUGCGCGCGUGCACGUGAACGUAGCAUCCUCGAUGCUGGAUUCUGGAGCGUUGGAGUUUGAGGGUGGUUUUGGCGCGAGCUCCCAGAUACUGGUGGCAGGCAGUACGCUUGUGACGACGUCGACCCACGCCAUUGCCUUUCUGGAUUUUGAUCCCGGGAAAACUUUGACGCUGCUGUUACUUGACAGCUACAUCGAGGGGAAUAGUUACGCCGUUUAUUUCUCCGAUGCUGUUGUUAUUGAUGGUGGCGGGAUCAUUGUGAAGGGAAAUACGCUGAGUACGAUGGAGAAUAAAGGUAUGGAAUCAUCUGUUUAUGCUUAUGCUAUUGAAGUGAACAAUGGCGGCUACAUUGACGUGGAGAACAACACGAUGAGCGCGGCUAAUGGCUUGUAUCUCAACGGGGACACCACCGUGAGCUCCGCGGGGCUGCUGCGAGUGGCGGACUGCUACUUUGUUGGCAGAAAGAGGCUUUUAAAUUCCGCGCUGUUGUACUUGGACGGCUUGGUGACACUCGAGGAUGGUGCGCAGGGCGUGUGGAGGGCACGUCGUGGUC